CCUAAACUUCUCAAAAACCACAGGUCCACAAUCCUUAGCCCCUUAUCUCCACCAAACUCGUUCUCGUCGAAGCAUCUUUGAACUUCUUAACAAUGGCUAACACUUUAUGUAUAACUCUCACUCAAUCUACUUGUCCCACUUUACCAAAGCUUUAUUCAUCAAAAUCCAUUCUUCAGAAAUCAAAUAGAAUCUCUCUUACCCCAUUUCUCAAAUUUCAAGAUUCAGCUCCUACUCAAUCUUCCACCAGAGGGUUCACUACUAUAUGCUUUUCUCGUCCCAGAAAUGGUCCUGAUUAUAAAGGAAGUGGACCUGACUGGCCAAUUUUGAGACGCUGGAAUGUGCCAUGGAAUUGGCAAACUGUCUCACUUUCUUCGCUUGCGUGUGGAUUGAGUUUUGUUUUGACAGGACUAAUAGAGACAGCAUCAAUACCAUAUGUAGGACUCGAUGUAGAUGAAUUGAGCUUGGAUGAGAAGGCUGAAAUUUUGUUCGCCGAUCAAGCUAUAACAACUGCAGUUGUGCUAAUAGUCCUUUAUACUCUCACCAAGUCAUCUCAACCGCUCCCUGAUGACAUAUAUCGUUAUGAUUUGAAGGAACCUUUCAAUCUCCAGAGAGGAUGGCUUUUGUGGGCUGGAAUUGGUUUAGUGGGAGCAAUAGGUGCCAUUGCUUUAACAGGAGUGGCAAUGUCCACUUUCAACGGUGAGACGCCACCAAGAGAGACUGAUGCUCUUGCCCGAUUACUCCCACUGAUAGGCUCCUCAAGUAUCAGCACUGUUUCUCUGCUAGGCAUUACUGGCGUGCUUGCUCCAAUUCUUGAGGAGACUGUGUUUAGAGGAUUUUUUAUGGUCUCUCUGACCAAGUGGUUACCUACACCACUCGCAGCGGUUAUUAGUGGGGCUGUAUUUGCUCUUGCACAUCUCACUCCUGGACAAUUUCCUCAGCUGUUUGUUCUUGGGACUGCUCUGGGAUUUUCUUAUGCUCAAACGCGGAACCUCCUAACUCCCAUCACAAUUCAUGCUUUCUGGAACUCUGGUGUUAUUUUGCUUCUGACCUUCCUUCAGCUCCAAGGGUAUGAUAUCAAGGAAAUAAUACAAGCAACUUGACCGAGACAUGGUAAUUCUCCGGACAAAUGCUAACUGGAGCUUGUAUUUAAUGGGAGAAGUUAUUAUCUUUUGUCCGAUGCCGAGUUGUUUAAUUUAUUGGUAGAGCUAUUAAUGCUCUUUCUUCAUGGAAAGCAGGCAGGGGGAAGGAUCCAAGAAGGAAGCCUCUGUUAAUUUCUCAAUAAUAUCUAAUAUACUACUAUUUGUAGGUUUUGAGUGCACAGUUUUCUUUAAUACUGUAUAUCCUAGUGUACAAGUUAGUCGGGAUCAAUCUUCCAUAUCCAUUGUGCUU